AAACGGAUUAAUGAUGAAAUACUUAGUCCUAUCAGUUUGCGCAUUGUCUGUAUUGGGAUUCAUUAAACCCCAAUAUGAUUCAGGUAUUGAUUAAAGUUUGCAUUGGGCAUAAACUCCCUAUCAUCCUUUACAGCAAAGUGUUGAGUAAUUCAUCCUAAUAUACAUUGAUUAGAGUGGGAAGAAGCUUCUAAACAUUAGUCAAAUUCAACAAGCCCUUCAAAUCAACACCCACUGUAAUAUUGGCACCAAUCAAAUAUGAUUUUGGAGACACUUUACCAUAAGGUUUCGAUAUUCAAUUGAGUGCUGUCAAUACCGUUGGCUUCACAAUCACAUAUGUUGCAUUAAGUCCGGCUACUAUCUUCGGUUUUGAUGUAUCAUGGGCAGCUAUUUUGGAUAGCAAUAUCUAUACAUACGAAUUGCAAACAAACAAUUUACCAGUCGUCAAAUCAAAUAAAGAAGGAACGACUAGAUCAUAACCAUUAGAAGUGACAUUCCCAGAAAAUUGGUCACUCAAAAGUGCACCAAAUGUCGCCAUCUUUAUCUUGGGACUUAAAAUGGUUGAAGCUUGGCCUAAAAUUACAGUUAACAUGGCAGUCAUCACCAAAACAUCAGCUUAAUUCAAGGUGAUUGUUGGACAAAAGGGAACCAUCGAAUUCCUUAGAGUCAAUAUGAUUAUCGGUGAAAAGGAUACCUUAUUAGUUGGAACUAUUUUACACAAAACAAGCGGAGCUUCUGAUCCUUUGAAUGCUGUUAAUCCUGAAUCAGAAAGAGUCAAGAAGUAUGAAGACAAGAUCACUGAUGAAAUUUUCCUUAAAACACCUAGAUAUACAUUGUAUGGAAUCAGUGGUUUAUAUUACAAUUUUGGUGCAUUCUGCAGAUUCUUAACUAAGAACUAUUUACUUGUUAAAGAUAAGAUAUCCGUUGAAAUCGGAACAUGUAAUUUUUGAUCCAUAAAUCAAUCUAGGGUAGAAUUCACAAUUAUUGGAAGGGUAAAUUUCUUGGUUUGUGUAUGUUCCUAAACCAGAUGCUGGUGUGACUGAUCCUGAUUGUGCUUAAGUUUGGGAAUCAUGUAACUAUCAAGGAGACUCAUUUACUGUAUGCGAUAGAAAGAUGUCUUUCCCCAAAGAUGGAUGGAACAAACCAGUAUUGAUUUUAUAUAUUCUAGGUUAAAAGUUUCAAAGUUCCUGAUGGAAAGGUUCUUAAAGUUUAUAAUGAAGAAAACCUUAAAGGAUUAUCAAUCAGAAUUGAAAAAGAUUUACCAUGCAUGGAAGUGCCUAAAUUCUCUUUCUUACAACUUGUAGGAAGCUUAGGAGAUGAUAAAUUCUGGGACAAUGACUGAGUCGGCAAUAU